CUCCAGUACCGAAUCCUUCACUCCGUCCCCCCCUUCGAUAUACACUCCUUCCAUGGCCCGUGCCAAUUGCUGAUUUUAUUUCGUUCCAUCACUCCUUUUUCCAACGUUCUAACGCCCUAACGCCUUUUUGAACAUUCUGUACAUCCUGAUUUAAGGCGAAUAUUAUAUCCAUUUACCAUGGCGCGCCCUCUGGGGCCGGUCCGCCUGCGAAGGACAAACUAUCUAACCUUAUUCAUCGGCGCCGUCUUGUGUCUAUUUAUAAUUUACUUCUUAUCCCACUCUGGGUCGAAUACACCACCUGCCAGUGCGAACAGACCCCUUUCCCGUAAACCUACUGCUAAGUCGACUCUUAUCGCUGAACGCCCACCUGUGCGCCGCUUCAACCUUAAUAAUGUCACCAUUACCCCCGACCCUAUUGGGAAUCGGGAGGUUGUCCUGCUUUUGACGCCCAUGGCGCGUUUCUAUCAGGAGUAUUGGGAUAAUCUUCUGAAGCUACAAUACCCCCGCGACUUGAUCACGCUCGGUUUCAUUCUGCCCAAGAACAAGGAUGGCAACGCGGCGACAACCGCGUUGCAGGCUCAGAUCACUAAGACGCAAAAGGGCCCCGUUAAGGAUCGAUUCAGAAGCAUAAUCAUCGAGCGACAGGAUUUUGACCCUCCGUUGACAUCACAAGACGAGAGCGAGCGACACAAAAUGGAGAACCAGAAGGCACGGCGAGCCUCGAUGUCUAGGGCGCGGAAUUCGUUGCUCUUCACUACUUUGGGAGUCGACACUUCGUGGGUUCUCUGGCUGGAUUCCGAUAUCAUCGAAACGCCACCUACCCUGAUACAAGAUCUCGCCUCACACAACAAGCCCAUCAUCGUACCAAACUGCUUCCAACGAUAUAUCGAGCCCGAGACCGGGAAACCGGCCGAACGACCGUAUGACUUCAACAGUUGGCAGGACAGCCCAACCGCGCAGGAAAUUGGCUCCAAAAUGGGACCGGACGAUAUCAUACUCGAAGGGUACUCCGAGAUGGCAACCUAUCGAGCAUUGAUGGCAUACAUGUCCGAGAAGGAGUACGAGCGCAACAUGGAAGUGCCGUUGGAUGGCGUGGGCGGCACUGCGUUACUAGUCAGGGCGGAUGUCCACCGUGAUGGUGCCAUGUUCCCACCAUUUCCAUUUUAUCAUCUGAUCGAGACGGAGGGUUUCGCGAAGAUGGCACGGAGACUAGGCUGGCAUGCUACUGGAUUACCCAACUAUAAAGUUUAUCACUACAACGAAUAGUGGAAGGAACUUUUGUUGUUGAAAAAAAAAUGCGGUUCGACGCGUGCCCUUUUUCAUAACGAACAUUGUAAUCUGUCACGAGCCUCGGAAUAAUUGCAUUUUGGAGAUGAGGAGUUAGAGAGAUUAAAGUCGUAUUCACACAACCGGGAAGGGGGAAGGAAGGGGGGUGCAUACGUUUACUACAAAAAACGUCCACGGACCGCCACGGCCGGAGGUGGAAAAAAAGAUCUUUUCCUGUAGAUAGGUAUUCAUUGUAGCAUCAUCACAGG